AUGGGUAGAAUCCUCAUUUUUAUUCUGCUAUUUGGGAUUCUCAAUAGAUUUGAUUCGGUGAUAGCAACAGGUAGGGAAUUUUGUGAAGUUUUUUUUUCAAAAUCGGGCCUAGACGGCUUCUGAGAACCCUGAAUUUUGGCCUAGGCUUUUAGGAAGCCUGAUCUCGCAUCCCUGAUUUUUUCUUUUAGGUUGGACUCAGGCUUCCGGUGAUCCUGGUUUUGCCUUUUGGCGAUUCUGGGUCUCACUGUGAAUUAGGCUUCUGGGGCCCUGAUUUCUCCAGUUCAAAAUUUUUCACUUAAGCUGAGGAUUCUUGGGAUUCUGAUUCUGCCUCUCUGAACUUCUUAGGAUUCUGGAAGUCCUGAUUUCGCUUAUCCGGAGUUUAAGUUAGGCGUUAAGCUCGGGUCUGAUUUAAAAAAAACAGAUUUUUAUUAAAAACUGCCCUAGGCCUUUCUAAUUCCUACUAAAAAUAAGCCAUAAAAAUCCCCCAACUUUCCCUAACUCAAAAUUUCCCAGAAACCAAACUACCUCAAUGCAAAUUCACCUCAUCUCACGGUUUCUACGCGCAUGUUCAAUCAGACAUGACAAUUGGUGAAAUUAUUUUCAAGGGUUCUGUAAAUCCACCAGAAGCUGAAAUGACUAUCACAAAUGUUAGGUCAGAUGUGUUGAAUAAUGUAUGCUAACUUUUUUUGGGGGUUACUCAUAAUCCAAAAAUAAUUUUGCAGACAGAUUGGUCUGAUCGAAUCGUAAUUGAUCGUUCUUCUGAUUUAUCACCUGGAUCAUAUGUGGUUCGAGUUGCUGCACAACUUUCUCUUCCAGUUUAUCCAUCGGAAAUUCAAGAGACUAAUAUUUUCAUAACAAUUGCUUGUAAUGGUUAUGCUUAUCCACUUUUUACAAUUCAUGUUGAUGAAACUAAUCGAUUUGCUCCUCAAUUUUAUAAUGAACCGUAUAUUGUGCCAAUUUCAAAGGUGAGCAGGCUGGCAAAAAAUUUUCCAGAGCAAACUUUGAAGCAGGGAAUUUUUAAAUUUAAAUUAAAAAUUUUGUGAAUCCGAAAAACUUGUUUGCCAAAUUUUUUUUUUGAGAAAUCGCCCCCACCCACAUUUUUCCAGGAUCUUCCAAUCUGGGGAACUAUCGACACCCCAGUUGCUGCUAUCGAUUGGGAUCCAGCAUCAAAUUACACAUUGAAGUUUAAAUUAGAAGUAGGUCUCCCAAUUCUCCCGGGCUCUCCAGUUUUCCAAAUUUUCCAGGAUGCUCACCCUGGAUUCGAACUUCUCGAUGAGCGCCGAACUUCAACUAAAUUGAUUGCGGGAAGUGAAAAAUGGAAGGAGGGUCAGAUUCCAACAAUGGUACAGCUUCGAAUCACUGAUAAGUAUGAACUUCCGAUUAGAUUGAGAUUGAGUGUGUCGGUGAGUUUUGGGAUCUUGGUGGAUCUUGAAGCGGAAGGCUGCGCGGAAGCUUUCCGGAGAGGUAGUGUAGGCUGCUAAAGUAAUGGCUGCUGAAGCGGGAGACAGUGCCGCAUCGAGGAAGGUCGCGGAAAAAUUAAAAUUUUUCCAGGAUGAUCAAAAGCCACCGCGUAAAUCAACAACCUUCAUUUAUUUAUCCGAUAAGUCGAAAUCACCCACAAUUCCACCAAGCACCCCAAUCAUCACUGAAACUGCCCGAACUUCAACUCAAACAUCAAAAGCUACAACUUCUAUUCCAUCAACAACUUCAGCAACAUCUUCUGCUUCAUCUACACCUUCAACCACAACUGAUCUAUCAGAAGAUAAAGCUGAAACUAAAAACCUGAUAAAUAAUCUGAAAAAGACACUGGAUGAAUUGCUGCCAAAAAAGAAAGAAGAAGAAAAUAAUGUGAGAGAGAAAAUAUUUGGAGCAAAAAAUCAGGAAUUGAAUGCGAUUGAGCUCGUUGAGGAAGAUGAAACAGAUGAGAAUGAGCCAACAUAUUUUGCAAAUUGUAGUGUUCGGGUUAAAAUUGUUGAAAAUAGUGAGAUUGGCACAAAAGUUAUUGAUUUGGAUGUUGUGAAUCCGAAAAAUGUGAGUUCAUUUAAUUUUUCGAAAAAAAAAUCUAAAAAUCUCAAAAAUUUUUCAGAACACAUCGAUAAAUAUCGUGGAUCCGGAUAAUUCUUUCAAACUUCUUCCAAAUUUCACAAUAAUUGUAUCAAAUCCAAAAAUGUUGGAUCGAGAAAGAUUCACAACUUUAGAAAUUGUUGCUGAAAUUCAAGACGAAGUUCCAACAAUUCUUGGUUGUACUCGAAAACGAAUUCAUGUAGAUUUGGAAGAUGUUAAUGAUAAUCGACCAGUUUUUGAGAUGGAAGACUACUUUUUCCAUAUUUCGGAUCAAGUUCCAAUCGGACAAGAAGUUGCGAAAAUUGUGGCUCAGGAUAUUGAUCAAGGUUCGAAUGGUCAAAUCACAUAUUCGAUUUUGACGCAAAAUAUGCCGUUUGAAAUUGUUGCCGAAGGUAAACGUGGAAUUAUUCGAACAACUUCGAGACUUGAUCCACAAAUUCGCAAUUAUUUAUUUGAAGUUGAAGCUAAAGAUAAUGGGAAAGAGCAAAGAUCGGCAAAAGUUCCGGUGGAAGUUUUUAUUUUGAAAUCUAAAUUGGGAGGUGGAAAUGAGGAGGAGAAGUCUGAGGAUGAAGAUCAGGAGGUUGAAGAUUCAACUGAAAUUAAUUCACAGGUUCCAAAUACCACUGAAGUUCAAAUUGAUGUCAGUAAUGUCAGUACGAAGAAGAUCGAAACAACAACUAAACAACAAGCUGAAGACGUAGAAGAUCAAGAAGAGGCUGAGGAAACUACAUCUGGAGCUUCAACCAAGGCAUCUACAACAGAAGAAGCUUCUGAAGUUGAAGAUGUGGAAGAUCAAGAUCAAGAGCUUGAGGAACCUACUACAACAUCUAAGACAUCUACAACAGAAGAGGCUACAGAGGUUGAAGAAGAGCAAGAUCAAGAGCUUGAACAAACAUCUACAACUUCAACAACAUCCAAACCUCAAAUCCACGCUGCAAAAUCAUUAGCCGUUGAUCAACAAGAUCUUGAAGAAAUUGAAGAAUCUGUGGAGCCAAUGACUAAUAUUGAUUUAUUCAUUCAACGGCAAAAUGCGGUUGAGCCAACUAAGAAACCCGAAAUUAAAUCAGAAGCUAAGGAAACUGAUGCUGAAGAAAGUUCUACCAUUGAGAACCCUCGUAUCGAAAAUACAGAACAAGAAAAAUUUGAAUUCAAGCAGAAAAUGUACACUUAUGAUGCGAUUGGUGCUGAAAUUGCUGAAAAUGAUGUGAUUGGAAGAGUUGAUGCUUCACCAAAUCCUGAAUUCUUUGCUGUUGAUCGAGAGGUAAGGCUGAUCCGAAUCGGAACAGGGUUUUGAGAAUUACACAAACUUCGGAACACAUUAUUUUUUGGAGUCGGAAAAAAAUUCGGGGAUAUCGGAAAUGUUUUUAUUGAACUCAAAAUAGUGAAAUUCUCAAAAAUUGAUUUUCAAAAAAAAAUAAUUUCGGUUGUAAAUAGAAAGAAUAAUAGAUCAUGAACUGUUUCAAAAUUUUUAUUCAAAAAUUAAAUGAAAAGUUUGAAACGUAUUUUUGAUGAGAAUUUUUUUUUAUUUUCCGUGGAUUAAAAAUUAACUCUCCUACAGCUCUAAAAUGAGCAAUCUCAAUUCUCAAAUUUCCAGGUUGCCGGAAUCAUUAAACUCAGCGAAACCGGCGAAAUCCUAGCCGGAAAAGGUCUGAAUCGGCUCGAAGAUGGUCCUCUCACUUUUGGCGUGUCUGCCACAAAUGGUUUUGAGACGGUCAGUUUUUUCUUUCUUUUGUUAUUUUUUGGCCAUCGACAGGUGGCUGUCCUGCCUGCAAUUAACUCUUUUUCAAGUUUUGCGCAGCGAUGAAACCUUUUGGCCUAAAGUCACGCGAUUCGAUAUAAACAUAUGAAUUAUUAAAUAUGGCGAAUGAGGGAAAAGGUUAUAUAGUAGUAGAAGGAUAGUGGUAGCAAUAAUAAUAAUAAAUUCGCAAAAACCCUGUCAUUACAUAAUAAUUAAUUAUUAUUCUGUGCAUAAGUAAAUAUGACUUUUUAUAUAUAUUAUAUUUAUUAAUAAGAAUCCUGUGAGAAUGGACAAUUUUUGUACCAAAAAAAAUAAUUUAAGGACCACCCACGAAGCCUAAAUAUACAGUUUUUCAAAUUGUUCUCAAACUACACUCUAGUUUGGUUUGACUAGAAAAGUUUCAAAAUGUUCAAAUACAAUUUUUUUUCUCAAGAUUUCUAGAUUAUCUAAACUAGAGUCUAGUUUGACUCAGCUCAUGUUUUCGGAACUUUUUUACUGGUUUCACAAAAAAAUUCGAAAACACCGCAUUUUUCUGAAUAAUAAUUUUUGGAUGAGAAAAUUCCCAAAAUUGUUCCCUCUAAUUUUUGGCACAAUUCCAAAAACAUCUGUUUGCCACAUUCCUACUAGAUACCAAACCGUUCAAAAAUUACAAGCUCCAAGAGACUCAAAAAAAAACAUCUCCUAGGCAACAGGUAUUUCUUCUCCUUUCUUUUUUCUUUUCUCCCACCAUUUCCUUCUUCUUUCUAUUUCUAAUUGUUGCUUGCUUGCUUUUAUGGGCGGAGUCUUGUUUAUGUGGCGGGUCGCGCAGGUGCAAAAGACGAAAAAACGAAUGAAAUUGUAUUAGAAUAAAUAAAUAAAUAAAUAAUAUUCAAGGAUUUUCUAUUUUUUUUUGGCAUUGAAUAAGGACAACCAGGUUCUAUGUUCGAGAUUUUAGUCGAUGAAAAAAUUUAUUCGAAUUUUUAUUAUUUUACUAUUUUAUAAUCUGCUAUUCUCAGCUGGGGUAAGCUUUUUCGUUGUGCGUGAGAGUUUUCUUUAAUGAUAAUGGGUAUAACAAAUCAAAAAUUGUUUUUUAGGCAAAAAUUUAAUAAAUAUUUUGAAACGUAUUUUUUUAUGAGAAAAUUUUUUUGAAUCAGACAUGUUAAAACCCAUUUUCCGUGGAUCAAAAAAUGGAUAAAUUUUCAAAAUUUUACUGUUUCAAAACAUUUUUUUAAUAUAAAAAUUCUGGAGGAUCAAAUAUUGGUUAUAUAGGAAAGUCUCUCAAGUGACCAAGCCUUGAAAUCCUAGUUGUCAAGCAGUCGAGCCUAGAGAACCUAAUUGUCUAGACCCCGCGCCUAGAGAUCGACUUUGGCAAGGAUCAGCGCCUAGAGAGCUCAUUUUUCAAGUAGCCGAUCCGAGAAACCCUAAUUGUCUAGGACUCAUGCCUAGAGAGUAUUGUUCUAAAGUAGCCGAGCCUUAAGAGUCCAACUGUCAAGUAGCCGAGCCUACAAAACUCAAAUUUAAAAGUUCCGCGCCUGGAGCUGGCCAAGCUGACCAAGAACUUUACUGUAUUCCAAAAUCUGAUAAUUUUCCAGGCUAGAGCUCAAGUGACAAUUCUACGCGAUGCAAAUCGCGACCUAAUGACUUCAAAUCCCCGCUUCGAUCAGGACAAAUACAAAUUCCAUAUUCUCGAAAAUCAACAACCAGAAGUCAUCGGAAUAUGUCGUGUAAGUUAGAAAAAUAAACAUAAUCGCUCAAAAUAAGCUAGUGAAACUUUGCAUAUUUUCCUCCUAAUCCCCUCCCCUCCCCCAUUAAACAUCCGUUUUUUGCAGGCUUUUCACUCAGCCCUCUCCUCAUCUGCGUCUCUCCGUCUCACAUACUCUCUAAUCGCUCCGGCGAACAUCGACGAACUUCCGUUCGAAAUUCAUUCGCAAUCGGGAGAAGUUAGCACGUCGAGACCAUUGGAUGCCGAGCAACAAAAUGUGUACAAGUUCCAGGUAAAAAAGAGCAAGGGAUUAGCAAGGAGAAGGAAAAAGAAUAAUUCUGAAUCUUUUCAAAUUAGAUAAUCCGGUUUAUGCAAUUUCAAAGGAUUCAUCAAGUACAUAUUCAUAUUUCCGGUGGAGAAAGGAGAAUGAAUAAAUAUAACUUGGGAGGAAAAGCUUACACAGCGUGUAGUUUUGAGACCUGGCACAAUUUUAGAGGAGAAAUGAAAUUCAACGUGAAGCUGAGAGAUUUAGAGAAAAAUAUUUUACGAAAGUAUGGACAGAAUCUGCUUAGAAUCCCUAGUUGUGAAGUAGGCGAGCCUAGAGAACCUAUUUGUCUAGGCAUCGCGCCUUGAGAGCUUCUAUGCCAAGUAGCCAAGCCUCGACAUCCUAGAUGUCAAGUAGCUGAACCUAGAGUACGUAGUUGUGUCGGAGUCGAGGCUAGAGAUCUACUCUGACAAGGAGCCGCGCCUUGUGAGCCACUGUCUCUAGGUACAACGCCUAGAGUUUCGAUUUGACAAGGAGCCAAUCCUAGACAUUCUAGUUAGUUGUCAAGUAGCUGAGCCUAGAAACUAACUCUGACAAGGAGCCAUGUCUUAAGAGCCAUUAUGCUGAGUAACCAUCCCCUUCUCGAUUUCCCUAAUUUUUCCUACAGGUUCGAUCAUGUUUGACUCAAGCAAUCUGCUCUGUUAGUGAUGUAUUCGUCUUUGUCGAUGAUGCCAAUGACAACCCUCCAAUAUUCCUAAAUCGCGAAUUAGAAGCAACAGUAGAAAGUGAUAUUCCAGUCGGCACCAAAGUCAUCAAAGUCUACGCGAAAGAUGCCGAUAAAUCCACCAACAAUUCUCGAAUCUCAUUCACUAUCGCAUCCGAUUCUCCAGAUUUUCAAAUCGAUGAACAAAGCGGGCAAAUCCGAACACGUCAAUCACUCAUUCAACCACUUUAUAAAAUACUGAUACAUGCUUCAGAUAAUGGAAUUCCACGGCGAUUAGACACUGCUCAAUUGAUAAUCACAGUUCGAGGAACAAAUCCAUCGAGUCCAGUUUUUGAUCAAAAAGAUUAUUCGUUAGUUGUGAGUGCGCCUGUUAGAGCUGGUCAAGUUAUUGGAGAAGUUCAUGCGUCGGAUCCAGAUCCCGGAGAAGAAGGACAAGUUAGAUAUAAAUUAUUGCAAGCUGAUAAUCAGGAUCAUCAUAAAUUCUCGAUCAAUUCAAAGGUAACCUUUUUUUAAAUGAAAAAUCAGAUUUAACUAAUUAUUUGCAGACCGGUGUAAUAAGUGCUCUCACUUCUUUAGUUCUCACUGAUGGACCAAUUCAACUCAACAUCGAAGCCACGGAUAAUGGAAAAAAUACCAGGAAAAAAGUUAGUUGAAAUUAAGUUUGACAGUUUUUUAAACUCUCUGUUUCAGGCAAAAACAUCAGUCUUCAUUGAAAUAAUUGAUCCAAAAACUUUGAAAUUCUUACCGCUUCCAACAACAGUUUACAUCUCAACUGAAAAAGCAGUGGGAAGUGUUGUUCUACGAGUUUCUGCAACUACCACAGAUGAUUCGAAUAUCAAAUUCAAAGUUCUGCAAGAUACUUCGCAAUUUGUUAUGGAUACAGAUUUAUUGAGGGUGAGUGAUGGUUUAGGAUCACUGAAGUCUCUGACUUAAAAAAUAGAAAUGAAAUACUGAAAGCUCAAAUCCUACUGUAGAUACGCAAAAGUGCGUGUACACACCAUUCUUUGGAGGCAAUUUGAAAUUUCUAAUUUGCGACGUGGAGCCAGAUGUUUUCUUUAGUUUUGAAACUGAAACUAUAGUCUAGUUUAGGAUAUUUUCUCAAAUUCUUCCCAAACUAGAUUCUAGGACUUUUUUUGGUGCGUAAAAUUUAAAAAUUUCAAAUUAAAAAUUUUUGCCUCACAAAAAACCACGUGGAAUUAUUUUUUUGUAAAUUUUUUUCAAAAUUCACUUUUUUUCGGCCGAAAAAAUUUGCACCUGGAAUUUUCCAUAUUUCUAAAACUAGACUCUAGAGCUUUGGCGCCAAAAAUGCAUAUUUUCAAAAAAAAAAUGCCACAUGCAACAUUCCAGAUAUCUCAAACUAGAGUCUAGUUGAAGAUAAUCUAUUUUCAGGUAUCUAACCAUCUUCUCGAAGGUGAAUCCAUCCUAACAAUCCGUGCUGAAACCGAAACUGCUCACGUCGAUCAUCAAUUGAAAGUUGUUGUGAUGGCAGAUCGGGAUAAAUAUCCAGUAUUUCCCCAAUUAACCUAUGAUUUCGAUGUUUCAACCGAAGGACAUUUUCCACGCCCAAUCCACCAAUUCAAUGCUAAACUUCUCAAUGGAACUAUCAAAUAUACAUUCUGGCCACCAACUGCACCUUCCGGAUUUUAUUUGGAUGACAAAAGUGGAGAAUUAUUUGUGACAACUUCAUUUGCUUCUUCAAAUCAUGAUAUUGCAUUUAUUGUUGUUCGUGCGAUCAAUGUUGAUUUCAAAAAAUUCUACUCCGAUGUUGGAGUUGCGGUUAUGCCAAUCUCCAGUAAGAGUGAAAAAUUGAGAUUCCGCGAAAACUCAUACAAUUUCGAAGUUUUCGAAAACACCGAGAUUGGUCAAAUAAUUGGAAGUGUGAAUGUGAUCGGAUCAUAUUCUUCGCUAACAAUUUCACCAGACACCGAUUUUAUUGGAAUUCAUCAAAAUGGUUCACUUUUCCUCAAAACUUCAGUAGAUGCUGAAAAUCUUGAUGAACUAAUUCACGAUUUCACAAUCAGUGCUUCAAAUGGUCAAGAUUCUAACAAAGUUCGGGUUCAAAUCGCUGUCCGUGAUGUCAAUGAAUUCCAACCAAAAUUCGAUGAUUCAGAGAUCGAGAUGUCACUCUUAACAUCAAAUUUAGAACCCGGAACAAAGAUCGGAAGAGUAAUUGCUCAUGACGAAGAUGUUUCCGAGAAAUCAAAACUAAUCUAUCGAAUUGUGGGAGGAUCUGGAAGGAAAUUGGUAUUUAUUCAAGAAGAUGGAACUAUUAUUGUUGGAGAUGAACAAAUCGAUAAAUUCCUUGAUCAUUUUGAUCUCAUUAUUGAAGCUGUUGAUAGAAAUGGCAAACAUGUGAGUCACAAAAUUAUAUAUGAAAAUUCUAAAUCAUAAACAUCUAAUUUUCAGGAUCAAACUCAUGUUACAGUUUUCAUUGACUCUGAUGAAAAAGAAAUGGAUCCACCAGUUUUUAUGAAUCAACCUUUGGAAUGGAAUGUGACCGAAGCAUCCACUGAAACCUUCGAAGUUCGAGCUGAGGGAUCUGAUCUUAGUUAUAAAAUCGUUGGGGGUGAUUUAGCUGGGAAUUUCAAAUUGAUUCCAACCAACAAUGGAAGUGCAAAGAUCAAAAUUGUUUCUGAAUUGGAUCAUCGCAAACAAUCCACAUAUAUUCUCCAAAUCGAAGCAAGAGAUACAAGAACUCAGCAAACUUCGGUUGGUGAGGUUACAAUUCAUCUCAAAGAUAUGAAUAUGCAUGAACCAACUUUCGAAAAAUCAGAUUUUUCUGGAGCGGUAAGCUAUCCUGAAUUAGAAUAACAAUCUAUAAUCUAUAAUGAUUCCAGGUUCCAUCAGAUCUUCCAGCUGGUUUUCCAAUCGUCACAAUUCAAGCAACUGAUAUCGAUCGUGAUCCUUUAACCUAUUCACUUCAAGGAGAUCCAUGUGAUAAUCAAUUCAGUAUUGAUAAUCAGGGACGCGUUUCUUUCCGCGCACCAAAAGCUGAUCGAUUAAUUGGUCAGAUUAUUUGUUUAGUUGUAGCAACUGAUGGAAAACAUACGACUAGCAGUAAUUUGAAAUUAACUGUGAAUGAUGGAGCUGAUAAAAAUACAAGUGUCACAAGGAAAAAUACUGCACCAAAGUUUGAAAAAGAAGACUAUAGUUUUGAGAUCACUGAAGAUAAGACAAAAGUGAUUGGAAAAGUGAGUGCUAUCGAUGCAGAAGGGGAUCUAGUGCAAUAUUCAAUCGAACCAGCGCAAUAUCGAAAUCUGUUCAUUGUUGAUCAAACAGGCUCAAUUACCCUAAACAAUGUUGAAUUGGAACAAACAAUGUAUAGUUUCAUAAUUGUUGCCGAAGAUAUUAGUCAUCAACCAAUAUUAUCAAGUUUUGCAAAUGUUAAGAUAACUAUUGGAGCUGAACAAUCACCAGCUGAACAAUUGGAUAAUGAAGUGACAUUGGCUACAAAAGCACCACUAGGAAGAUCUACUUCAACGACGAAACAGCAGGAAAUCGUGGCUUUUAAGCAACAAAAAUAUUCAUGGAUUAUUGAUGAAAGUCUUCCAAUUGGUUCGAUUAUUGGAAAUGUUGAAAUUGUUAAAUCAGAUCCAACGGUAUUUAAGUUUCUCAUUUUUAUUUAUUAAUUAAAUUCAAAAAAAUUCAUUUUUCAGAUCGAUUAUAGUUUCAUCUCUGGAGAUUUCUUAUCUGUUGACCAAGAUGGUCGUAUUGCUGUACUCCAACCUAUCUCAAAACCAAUCAAUGAUGUUGUGAUUGCAACUCGAGGUGGAAAUAUCUUAGCAGAAACACGAGUUGUUGUAACUUUGAAUGAAUCAACCACCACUACACUUCGAACAACUUCUCGGAUAACUACAGUAAGGACAACGACCACCAUGCCCAAGACAUCGCCAACCACAAAAACCCUUGAAGUUAUCACAAAUACAGUUCCACCAACUCUAUCAGUUUUGGAAUUCUCGAAACCAACAUAUUUCGCGUUUGUCAACGAAGGAACUUUCAAAAAUGGUAUUGAAAUUGAGAUUAAACCAGAACCACUUUCAGUCAAAGAUCAAUCAAAUGUUAUUUAUACAAUUGAAGAUAAAACAACAAAAAUGCCAUUUUUCCUCACAGAAGAUGGUAAAUUAGUUGUCCUCGAAGCGGACCAUGAAAAACAUCAUUCAUAUAACUUCAUAAUUUUGGCCAAAUCAACAUCUAAUGAUCGAAUUGCUCGAGCUCGAUUGAACGUGACAAUUCUAGAUGUCAAUGAUAAUUCUCCGAUCUUUGAUAGUUAUCCCGAAGUCAUUGGAGUUUCAAAGGAUAUGCAUAUUGGAAGUCCAAUAUUUCAGAUGAGAGCUUCGGAUGCUGAUUCUGAUUCUACUAUUAGCUAUGACGUCACACCAAAACACUAUUUCUCAAUUGAUCCAAGAGAUGGACUUCUUCGAGUUUUCUCAAAUCUUCAAAACGCCCCAGAUGAUAUUGAAUUAGUGAUAGUUGCAACAGAUUCCGGAGUUCCGCCAAAAAAAUCGGAGGCCAAAAUUUUGAUGCGACUUUUCGACAAUGUUAUGACUGGACCAAAAUUACCCGAAAACCUUGGUGAAUUUAUUGUAAAAGGAUCGAGUUCACCAGGAACAACUGUCAAACAAUUAGUGGCUGGUCCAACAGUUUCCGAAAAUGAUAAAAUCCUCUAUCAUCUUUCAAACAAUUCUGACGGUCUUUUCGAAAUUCGAGACAAUGGAUUACUCAUUUUCACACGUAAACCACAUGCUUCCGAAUUGAACAAAUAUCAUUCAUUGAAUGUGACAGCUGAGAAUAGCAAAGGAGCAGAUUGGAAGAUUAUCAAUAUUUAUGUGGAGGGAGAUAUUACAGCGCCGAAUUCGAAUUCGAAUCCAAUUUUAGUGGAUUGUCACUUCUCUCAGAAAAUCUAUAGGGCGAAUGUGACGGAAAAUCAGAAGAUGAGGGCAGAUGUUGUGAGAGUUUCGUCGGAUUGCGAAAAUCGAGCAGACAAGAAGAUUCGAUACACUUUCCAUCAUCCAACAAGUUAGUUUGAAUAAAUAGUGAAAUUUUAAGGCUUUUAUUGAGCCUUAAACUCAACACAAAUUCAAUUUUCAACAUCAAACUUGCACUGAAAAUUCAACAUUCUUUUCCAUUUCAGAAGAAUUCGAAAUCAAUGAGAAAACUGGUCAAAUCACUACAACUCAGCCAUUAGAUCGUGAAAUUAGAAACUUCUAUUUCUUAACAGUCAAUGUUGUUGAGCAAACAAGAAGGAAGCGCCAAACAGAAUCUGCUAUUAAUCGUGAGUUACUGGAAGUCUCUAAUUCAAUUAGUAACCUCACAUUAUUUCAGAAGCAGCUUCCAAACUAUCCUCCUGGCAAACUCUUGUCAUCGUUUCUGUGCUAGAUGAAAAUGACAAUAAACCAUCAUUCCUUCAUCUAUCAACUGAUGGAAGUCUUUCCGCAAUCGUCGAUCAAAAUGCAGAUUUAUUGACGCCAAUAAUUCAUGUUCAAGCUCGAGAUCUUGAUAUAAUUCCAUCAGAAUUGACGUUCAAUUUAGAAGGAAAUUCCGAUUCUGUAUUCCAAAUCAAUUCAACAACUGGUUUGGUACAAUUAGCAAAACCACUCGAAAAUUCUGCAAAACGAGUUUACGAGCUUGAAGUGACUGUUAGCGAUGGCAAACAUCUUGUGAAUGCUCCACUUUCGAUUCACGUUCUGUCUGUUGAUACAAAUCUUGUUCAACUAACCAAAGACACAAGUCACUCGGAAAUUGAUCCACCAAGUUUGGAAAGACAAUUGAGUGAAACUCUCGGAAUCGAUUCUCGAAUCCUUGUUGCUCAACCAUAUGUGGAUGAAACAGGAAAAGCUGAUUCAACAAGAAGUCAUGUAUUUGUAUAUUCAUUGGAUGAAACUGGAAGACCAAUUGAUCGAGAAGAUUUGAAAGAAUUGCUCAUGUUAAACUCAGAGAAAUUAAGCAGACAACAAAUCUCCUCAGUUUCCUUGAUUUCAACGCCCAAAAAUGGUGCGCUAUCUUCACAAUCUGUGGUGACAGCAAUUCUUGUUUUAUUGCUCAUUGCAUUAUUGAUCUUCAUUUGCUCAUUGAUUGUUUGCUGUUUCAAACGGUUGGUUAAAAAACAUUGAAUCCUGAUUUUAAAAAAUAAAAUAAUUGAUUUUCAGCCGAUCAAAAACUCAACACGGUAUAAUCGAAGGAGCCUACAUGGUUGAUUCAACCGGUUCGGGUCCUCGUCCUUAUGACGUUGCAAAUAUCAGUCGAGCAACAGCUCAGAAUGUAUUAGCUUCUCGACCAUUACCUAAUCCACAGGAAAGCAAGUAAGUGAUUUUUAUUUUCAAUUAUAAGCUAAACUAUAGUCUAGUUAAAAAAUUAUGAAUUUUUUAUUCAUGAAUUUUCAUUUAAAAUUGGUCCAAGCUCAAAUUACGGGCUAUAGUCUAGUCUAAAUUCAAAAUUCUUAACUUUCACCUGAAAUUGCUCCAAAAACUACAAAAUUCAAGCUAAACUAUAGUCUAGUCUCCCAUCCUAAUUUCAAUUUCGAACCGUAAUUUCCAAUUAAUAUGAGCAAUAGGUAUAAGUGAUUUGAAGCUCAGAAUAUAUUGAUUAAUAUGAGCAAUACCAUAUCUAGACUUAAAUUAGAGCUCUUAACAUGAGCAAUAGCAUAUUCGGUCUUAAAAUGAUCCUCUUCACAACUAUAUCUAUUUUCAGACGUGAUCUAGCCGUUUCGCCCGCUUUCCAACCAAAUAUGGAGCGAGAAAAUACAACGAAAGAAUUCUCGAACAGUGUCCGCGAACGUCCAUCUCUUCUACCAACCACAAAAGUUCAUAGCGAACUCAAACAUUUCUAA